AACUGAUUUGGUUAACAUUCAUUUUAUUCUGGAAGAAAUGAAUGAUGCUUACCAAUGUUCCACUGUAUAUUUAGAAUUAUACACGCUAAAUAUCAUCUUCACACGGCGGGAAAUGCUAGCAUACUUUUUUAAAAACAAGCGGAACUCUAGUUGUCUUCGUCGCGGUUGCUGGUGGGGGCUUUAGUUACACACGGACCGGAAGUAGUGCUAGGUUACACGACCUGACGUGCUGCUCUUUGAUAUUCCAAGUACGAACCGGGGAGUGGGGAAGUUGUUUCUCGUCCAAGCUGUCUGCAAAGAAUUGAGAAAAUGCUGAGAAGGGCUUCAGCACAGGUCUUCAGACAACUGGUGAGGAACAACACCACCGACUCCAGCCUCAUCCUGGAGAGAUCAAUAAACCGUGUGCAGCUGCUGGGCCGAGUGGGUCAGGACCCCGUGAUGAGACAAGUGGAGGGUCGCAACCCUGUCACCAUCUUCUCCAUGGCAACCAACGAAAUGUGGCGCACUGGAGAGAAUGAGAUGAGCUCAUCAGGUGACAUCAGCCAGAAGACCACUUGGCACCGCGUGUCCAUAUUUAAGCCCGGUUUGAGGGACGUGGCCUACCAGUACGUCAAGAAAGGGGCCAGGAUCCUGGUGGAAGGCAAGCUGGACUACGGCGAGUACGUGGACAAGAACCAAGUGAGACGCCAGGCCACCACCAUCAUUGCAGACAACAUCAUCUUCCUGAGUGACAACAUUCGUGACAGAACCUGAACGCUUCUUCUUUCAAACAAACUUUAUUUUUCUACCUUCUUGUGUUUGUAUAAUAAAAAAGACUGAGGACGGGACACCACAGAGACAGUUUGCCAAGGCUUUGAAGCAGCACAUAGGCGUAGUUAGACUGUGGUGCCUCCAACUGGUGGAAAAAAGUCA